GAAAUUUGAUCUUUUCACAGGAAGUCUCACUAUUUAUAUAAAAAACGUAUAUCUUUAUAAAAGAACGCACCUAAAAUUUUCUAUUAAUUAGAAGUAUUUUGCAGAUAUUAAGAAAAAAACUAUGACGAAAUUCGUGAUACUUGCUUGUCUGUUUGCCACAGUCUUAUGCAGACCCGCUAAAGAUGAAAAAGAUAACGAAAAAGAAGACGGGUUCCAUGCAGUAAUCAAAAUAAAUAAUAAACGAGAAAAACAUGAAAAAAAAGAGAAAGAAAAUUCUGCUUCUGAAGCUGUCGAACUAUUUGAAGCUGAUAUAGUAAAAACCCCAAAACUAAUGGCACGAAUUAAUAGGAUGAAAAGAAAUGAAAGUGAAGAAAGUCCAUUUGACGCAAUUCAAAACGGAGCAUGGCCUAACGCAAUAGUUCCUUACGUGAUUACAAAUAUGAUGACUCAACAAGAUCGUUAUGCUAUUGCUGAAGCGAUUAAUGAGUAUAAGCAAAAAACGUGCAUUAAAUUUGUUCCAAGAACCAAUGAGCCUUCAUAUGUUAAUUUCAUAAAAGCUGGAGGUUGCUACUCAAUGAUUGGAAGACAAGGUGGUAGACAAGAUAUAUCUCUAGGAAAUGGAUGUGGAUACAAGGGAAUAGCAAUUCACGAAAUGAUGCAUGCACUGGGAUUCUUUCAUGAACAAUCAAGAAGAGACAGAGAUAAAUAUAUAAGAGUGAACUACCGGAAUAUCCAGAGUGGAAUGGGUUACAACUUUGAUAUGUACAGAUAUGGAGAAGCUUUAACUCUUGAUGAACCUUACGAUACGAAUUCUAUAAUGCAUUACGACAACUACGCAUUCAGUGUUACUGGGUAUAAAACAAUCGAGUCUUUACGAAACCCAAAUGAAGUACUUGGUCAAAGAAAUGCCUUAAGUCAAAUUGAUAUCAAUCAGCUGAAUAAAUACUACAAUUGCAAAUCAACAACUGUCACAACAAAACCAUCAACAUGUGAAGAUGGUAUAUAUUUAUGUCGUUUGGGAAACACAUGGUGUUCAAAAGAUGCAUAUUACAAGAAUAACUGCAAAAAGACAUGUAAUCUUUGCAAGUAACGUAAUAAUAUGUAAAUGAUGGAUAAAAAACUCAAUGAUUUUUUGAUUUUAAAAUGAUUUAAUGAAGAAUGAUAAAUAGAUAUCUUUUUAAAAA